AAUGGGGUUACCUACAAUCUUACCUGUUGAAAUUUUAAAAACUAAUUCACCAUCUAAAUUCGAGAUACGUCUACUUUAUGAUCCGAAGAGACGUGAUAGUGCUGCGGCCUUUCAUAAACUAAAAAAAGAAAUGGAUAGAUACUACUCAAAACCUGAAAAUGAUAUCGUGUUAAAAAGAGAGGAUAUUAAUAAACAUUCAAACUUUGCAGCUUUUAGUAAGCAAAGAGGGGAAUGGGUAAGACUUGCAAGAGUCUGCUGCUUCUCGGAAGGGAAUUAUGGAAUACAGAGUUCUAUUCAAAUUUUAUGUGCAUCGCAUGACUAUAGUUUUGUGAGAAAGAUACCAUUAACAACAUUAAGAAUAUUACCGAAAAAGUUUCUUAAAGUACCGCAGCAAAGUAGAUGUUGUAGCCUUUAUAAAUUAGCGCCACUGGAAUUGACCAGAGAUCAAGAGAGUUCACUAUUUAUAACAAAAAAAGUAGAAAAUUGGACAUUUUCAGCGAAAAACGCUUUCGAAAGAAUGCUGGAUAAGGAACACACUUUUUUUGUACAUUUUAUUGACGUAUCCGACGUUAAUAAUCAGAAAGUUAGACUUUUCUUCCAACAAGAUUCUGAUAAUCCAGAAAUAUUGGAAGCCAGCGAAGAACUAGUCAAAGCGGGAUAUGGAAUAUAUGAAGAUGAUUAUGAAGCUGAAGAUUACACUGAAUAUAUUAAAAAUAUAAUUCUACCUGUAAUGAAUAAUUCAACAUCUUCCGACGCAUCCAAAGAUGAAAGUGUCAUUCCAAAGCCAAAAUCAGUUAAUAAGCUUCUUCGAAAAGUUGCAAGAAAUGAGGAAAAUGAAAAUUUUAUUACAAAGACAAAGAGGAAGGAUGAUCAGGGACUCCUCUACGAUCUUGAUUAUCAAAUUAAAGAGGAGUUGGAUAGAAUAUCACAAAAACAAAGAGAACGUUCUAAAGCUGCGAGUAGUAGAAAUUCAAACUAUACCAAAGUAGACGUUGAAGACUUUUUAAGAAAGAACCAAACAAAUAGACCUUAUUUUCUACCUCCUGCUAAAAGUACUAUCCAAUUAUCUAAAGAUAAAAGAAAUAAGGAAAAAAGAUUAUCUUCUGGUGAGAAGAAAGACGAGAAUAAAGAAGAUGAUGUUGCAAAAGAUGUUAAUAAUGGGAUUAACAAUGGCAACGCGAAUGAAGAAACAUCUAAACCUAAAACUGAACAGGCCAAAGCUGAUCGGAUUGAAACUGAAAAAACUAAAAGUGACCAAGAAGAAAUGGAGAAGUCGGAAACAGACAAAGGUCAAGGUCAAAUUGACAAAUCUGAAACUGUCAAAGACGAAACUAACAAGACUAAAACUGAAAAAGAUAAAAAGUCUCCUACUAAAACUAUCAAAGUCAAAGCUGUUAAAAAAAAGAAAAAUGAUAAAGUUGCGACAGAAAGGAACGAAAUUGUUAGAGUCAUACCUAAACAACGAGCUGCUCCAAUUCCUAAUCCAACAACUUUCGAUUUCAUUUUAAAAGAAAAACUGAAAAAAUAUAAUUACACUUGCGAAACGACAGAGGAAGAAAACAAGAAACAUUCCAGCUUUGUUAAUACUGAAAAACCUAAAGAAAAUUCCGAUAACUGUCACGAAAUAUUGGAUGAUUCUGCCAAAAUUGAAAUAUCCAUUACUUCACCUGAUGAAACAAGUAAUUCCAGGUCAAUCGCAAAGGGUACUGAAUCUGUCAAGAAACCCUUAGCGAAAAUUGGCUCUCCUCCAUAUCUACCGAAUGGUCAUAGUACUCCGAUUCAAGCUGAUGAAAAGCUGUUCUCAUUCAUCAGUGAUGCUACUUUAGGCGAAUCUGAUUCUGAUAUAACUAAUGAUGAUCGUAAGUGUGUAUUAUCAGACGAUGAAAGUAGUGACGCCUCCCUUGAUAAUAUGGUAUAUGGAAAAAAAGGAAGAACAUUCACUGCCCAGAAAAAGCUGGUUAAUGGUAUCAAAAAUACUAAUGGUCCAAACUAUUCUGAUCGUUAUCUAUUGAAAACAAAAACUCUACCUUCUAUAAAAACUGUAAGUGCUAGAAAUGCCUGCCAACUGAAUAAUGAGACAGUUGUACCAAUUAAACUAGUUCCUGACCGCGAAAACAAAAUCGGGGACAAAAUUGUGAGAAAAUUAAAAAGAGAUACUGUAGUAACAGAUCGGUUUGAAUCUCAUAUUAAUGAAAAUAAUCGGGUGAAGGUUUCAAAAUCUGUAAAAGAGAAAUUAACUUCUCCCCAAAAAGUCUCUUCCAAAGAGAAUGACUCCGAACAGUUUAAUUUAAAACCUAAGAUAAGGAAAUCCAUUGAGAAAUCCCCUUCGAAAAAGUCAAAAGAAGAAGUUCAAUGUGAAUCUCAUAUGAAAAAAUCUUUUGAAGAUAAUUCAACAAACAAUUCACCUUCGAAAAAGAUUGAUAAACCAAAAUAUCAAUCGAAGACCGAAAGAAUUUCGGAAAAUGGAACAACGAAGAAUGCUGGAUCUUUUUAUACUGAUGAAAAUGCAGACAGAAUUACUGAAAUCAAUAUAUUAAAUUGGAAAAAGGACAAACUAGCUAAAAAUGAUAAUAUGAAAAAAACUCCUAAAAACGGAACUCAGAAGUCCAAAUUUGUAAGGACUAGAGUCAAAGAAUCAAAAGACAAUCUUCUAACAAAACAGCCCUCUUCUCCAAAGAAAGAUGAAAACAAUAAUACCGAGUUGAAAAUAGAAACUUUACCGAACUAUCUGAAUGAAAGUUUCACCGUUCUCGGCAAUAAAAAAUACCUUAUCAAUACUAGUCCUAUUAGAAUGACUCCUACUUCAAAAUCGGCUACAAAGGCAAAGGAGUCUAUUGAAAAAAAGAGUCCUAAACAGACAGGGGACUUAGACGACCCUGUAAACAAUGAGUUAAAACGAAUUAAAAAAAUUAUUGUUAAAAAGACGAAGCAGAAGAAAAUUGAACUGGAAAACACUGAAAUCGAUAUAAAAGAAUCUGUUAAUAAUUCUUCUCCUAAGAGAAUAUUCCAGUUGACUAAUCCAUUGAAAAGCUUAAAACCAAGAAAAAUAUCAUCGGGGUUGUCAAUUUAUAAUGAAGACUCUUCAAAAAUUACAACUGAACAGACGACAGAGAAAUGUAUUUAUAAGAAAGAGCAAAUCUCAGAAAAUGGUACUCUUCAACUAUCAACGCGGAAUUGUGAGACCAAAUUUAAAACGAAAAAGAUUAAACAAAAUCAGGUAUCUGAAGAAGUUACGCAACCUCACGAAGACCAUGGCAGCGUAGUAACUGAAAGAAAAAGAACAAAUACGAACCUCUUGAACUCUGUUAAUGAAAUGAAGACUAUGAUUGAGAAUCUCAAAAAGGACACUUCAUCUACGAGCUCUUUAACAAACCCAAAAAACAAAACAGAAUCAAAGAAAAUAAACAAUGAAAAUUUGUCUUCGAAAGAUGUAAAUUCCUCAAAUGUUGUAACUACGGAUAAAGAAAAAGAAGUUUCGAAGAAGUUAAAAGAAAGAAAGUCAGUUUCAAAAAAAAGUUCAUCAAUCAUAGAUGAUGUUGAUAAAGGGAAGAAACAGAAAGAUGACGAAAUAGUUGAAAACGAAGAAAAGAGAGACAUUGUAGCUUCUAAAUCUAAAAUAGAAUUAAAUAGAGAAUGCAACACUAUAACAAAUAUGGCUAAGAAACCCGGGAAGAUUAUAAGAAUUAAGAUAAAGCGUAAAAGGACCAAAUCGAACAGUUUGAUUAACGAUGAAAAUAAAAAUGAUGAAGUAGAUAAGGAAAAGAUGGACACAAUCCAAGGAGAAUCAUUAAAAAGAGAGAAUCACAUCGAAGUCUUAGAAAUUAAUAAAAUUAAUCAAGAGUGUGAAAAAAAAGUAGCUGAUUCUCAUGCUGACAACGACAAUUGCAACUCUAUAAAAGAUGAAAAUGCGACGACUAAUAUAACAGAAUCGCUUGUAAACAAUGUACAAAAAGACGAGCAUAAACUCGUCGAACAAGCGGAUGUAACUGUUAAUGAAAGAAGGCAGAAAGCUCUUUUCAAUGCUAUAUUAGAAUUUCUUAAUAAUGAAAAAGAAAAGAAACUUCAAAAAUCUACGAGUGCCCUAGAAACUAAAUUCGCCCCUGAUGUACAGGAAAAUUCUCAAAAGAAUUGUAAUGGCAAUGGAAAAAGCAUGGAAGAAUCUCUUGCCGAAAAUUUGACAAAAAUAUGUUGUUAUUCAUUGGAAAAAAUUUCGGAAGAGUCAAAAGAUCAUGAGAAAAGUACUACUAAAGUUUUAUUAGACAAAUCUACUGAUACAACCGACUUGGAAGAAACAAUGUCAAAGCUCGAAAACGAUAAUACGGAUUUAGAUUUUGAUAGUAAAUUAUUUGAAGAAACGUUAGAAAAUGAAGAGCCAGUCGUAUUUAGAGAGAGAGAAGUUUGUUUAAAUUUGAUAGAAAAUGAUUGUAUUAAAACUUUGCACACUCUUGAAAGAUCGCCUUUAAAAAUGCCUUCGUCUGCUGCUCCAUCCCUUUUUGAUGAUAAUGUCAUAAUUAAGUUUUCUAACUUGAAUAUUAAGAGUCGAUAUAGACGAGAAAAAAGGUCCCGGCGACUAUCACUGAAAGAACACAAUAAGAAAAUAAGAAACAUGCUAUUUGGUAAAGGAGUAAUACCGUAUGGUAGAGAAUUAGCAGAGCCGUUUGUCUCUGCAUCAUCUUCCAGAGAAAUACGGCUACUGGCUAUGUUAGGAAGAAAUGGAGAAAUAUCGUUCAGUGAAUCUGUUGCUUGGCCACUCUUGCUUGGUUCUAGCUCUGUAUUUAUGGUAACCCCUCACAGGCGAAGCAAGGAUAAUAUUGACAUGACGUUCAUUAUUCCAAUCGUGAGGAAACUAUCAGAAAUUAAGUUCAAGUCAUCGUCACCCGUCUUCAUCGUCAUCAGCCAGACAUGGCAGUGCGUCGAAAGUAUAACUUCCGCCCUUAGGAUUCUUACGACAGAAAAUACUCUACAUGCACCAAAAAUUGUUGCAGCCUGCGGAAACGGUAUUUCUAAUGAUAUAGAUGUAUUAUUAUUAAACGGCUGUGACGUUUUAGUUUGCACCGCAAGUAUUUUUCAAUUGGCCAUUGAAAAGAAAAGCAUUCGACUUGACAAAACUCAGUUUUUGUGCAUUCACAACGCUCACUUGGUAUUACAACUCUACAAGAGUUCGCUGGAAGUUUUCAUGAAAAAUUGGUCGUUUGUCCUCGAGAAAAAUGAAUCAAUGAUACCUCAAAUUGCCCUUAUAACAGAUCUUUUAACGGAAGAAGUAGUUUGCUUCUUUAAUACCUAUAUGAAAACCCUAAAGACGCAUAUUUUCAUUUGCAAUCCGACCGUAGCCGCCGUGUAUGCUCCUCUUGAAUAUUUUUUUGACUGUUGUGAUGACGAGAGGGAAAUCUUCACAAAAAUUGGGAAAAUACUCUUAAAAGUACCGAAUAAGAGAGCGGUGAUCUAUGCAGAUUCGAUAAAACAAGCCGACUUUUUAGCAUCAGUUCUAAAUUCCAAAUUUUCAUUACAAAGUAAAAUUUUAAACGAAGGAGUCAUAAAAUCUUGUCUAAACGAAAAAAACGAUUCCGAUACCAGUGAAAAAAUAUUCGUAACGAUUCGUGGAAAUUCGAUACCUUUCUACAAUGCGCAAAUCUUAGUUUUUACUUAUAUGCCCAAGCAAAAGGAAAUGUACGAAACGCUUACUUUGAUUUAUGAAGCUUUAGCUAAAAAAAUAGUAAAAAAGAUUACAUAUGAUCCUGAAGUUUCCCAAACUACGGAUCCAUCAAUGUAUGUUUUUACCAGAGAAGAGUGUAUGCUUCAGCUACCAACUGUUGAAAAGGUUAUGAAAGCUUUUAAUACUGAACCACCUCCAAAAUUUCUGAAAUGGAAGAGUAAACAUUUCCCACAUAGUCCUGAAACAGAAAAAGAUGGAAACGAGUUGUGCCAUAUUUUACUUUCAUAUGGAAAAUGUUACAAAUUUGAAAAAUGCGGCUGGAGGCAUAAAAUAGUUGUUCAGAAGGAUAUACCCACCCCGACUAUGUAUCAAUCGAAUUUCCAUGUUUCUGGUAAGAUAAGGCUGAUUAUUGUACAUCUCCAAAACGCAAUAUCUUACUAUGCUAGAAUUUUAUCAUACGAAAACGAAAAAGGAGAUGUAUACAGCCUUCACAAAGAGUUUUAUCAGCUGAAAGUUUCGCUUAAUAACUAUUUUAAAGAAGAAAGCAAUAGAAUUCCUUUAAAGACUUGCUGUCAAGAAAAAACUUGUACGUCAGCUUGUGUUCAAGAAGGCGAUUUGGCCGCACUUAAAUUGGAGAAUGAAACCUUUGUUAGAGUUAGAGUAGAAGAAGUUCAAGCUUUACAGGAGGAAUGGAAAAAAGGCUUAAUAAGAGUUCAUUUAGUUGAUAUUGGAAGUUAUAAAGAGGUACAUUCUAGUGAACUUUUACAGCUUCCACCGUCAUUAGGCAUAAUACCCCCUCAACUAAUGAAAGUUCGUUUGGCAAGAGUUCGACCCAUUGAUGAUUUUAUACAAUGGCCAGAUAAUGUUACAGAAUUUGUCACAGGAGAAGUCUUGAAUAAAACUAUGAGUGCACAAGUGUUAAUUAUUACAUGUGACACUUUAGUCGUUGAUCAUUUACGAGUGGAGGUAGAUCUUAAAACGAUGGGAACAACUACUCCCUACGAUACAAUAAGAAGAAAGUUGUUGGAUAUGAAUAUGGCUAUGAGCAAUCCACUUCAUGUAACAAACUUAUUUAGACUGUUUUCGAAGCAUAUUGAUACAUGCAGCUACGGGUAUACUGUUCAUGGUGAAGCUGUCAAAUUAAGACAAUCCUCUUUAAAAGUUGGCGAUGUUGUUAGGAUAGUAUCAGCGAUAAGUCCUGUAAAUUUCUUUACUAGGAUUGUGGGUAGCGAAACGAAAUCAUUAGAUGAUUUCUUGGAGAAAGAUGAUAAGGAUUCAUUACCUAUUGAGGUAGAUUGGGAUGCUCCAACUUAUGUUCUAGCUAAAUGGAAUAAUCGUUGGUUAAGAGCUAGAGUUUUAGAAAGAUAUGAUAGAACUUUUAAAGUUCUAUUUAUUGACAAUGCAGAAUGCUGCGAGGUUUUUAAAUCUGACAUAAAAUGCUUAAAAGCUAAACAUCUCAAGAAACCUUUCGGAGCAAUUCAUUGCAUCCUAGGUAAUAUUUUAUGCAAUAGAGAAAGUAAAGAAAGAGUGAUUGAAUUCUUAAAAAUAACUAUGAAUCUCAAAUUCGAAGUUACCCGAUUAGCUUGCAAUAAAAGAAAAUCGAUUUACGAAGUUAAUCUAGUAAAUACUGAUAAUAAAUUAAAGAAAUUUGACUUAAGUUGUCAUUUACAAGCCAACAAUUUUGGAACUUUAGAUAAGAGAACUUUUGACAGUUGGUUUACCGUUCAUUUAGAGCAGGUACACGAAAAAUGCCAUGAAAAAUUAAGAUUAUUUUGCGGAGAAGUGAUCUAUAAUACUUUGAAUGGAGCAAUGGAACAAUUUCAAUUAGAAGAUAAUUUAGAUAAUCUUAUCACGUGCUCCACUAUUAGAUGUAUUAAGCUUUCAAUAGAUUUCUUCGCAAAGGCAGUUAUACUAUCAAAAAGACACGAUGAACGUAUUAGACUUCUCGAUUUAUUUGUGAAUUGGAUAACGAAAUACAAUGGGAAGAGAUGGAAGCUCUUCAAAGAAGUAAAUGGAUUACGAUAUAUUAGCCAUUUGAACCAACUAUGGCCGAAUUUGUGUAAAACCACUAUUCUUAAUCUAUCAAAAUAUCAAGGAUACAACGAAGUGAUCUUUGAAGAUAAGCAAUUUUUCUCAACAAUAAGAUCAAUUUUUAGACUAGAUUAUAUGGAGGAGGAGGGUCAAUACGAUUUUUGUAAAUUCUUUCGAACUUUAAUGAGUCAUGACAACAUAACAUCUGACUCAAUAAAGAAAGUAUACCAUAUCGGAUAUAUUGGAACAAUCUUAGAUCUUCUAAAAGUAAGAGUAAUAGAAAAGAAAGUCAGAAUAUACGCACUGAAGAUUUUACAUUAUAUCUUUCAAAAGUUUCCCGAUUCUAUACCAUUUUUAGCUUCCGUAUCGACAUCAACUCUCUCUGAACUUUUAUUAGAAACCAGUAACAGCGUUAUUAUCCCACUCGUAGUACGAAUAUUCCUACUGAUAGAACAUAGCGAAUUUUCUAAAUGGUCAACAGAGCAUAAACAUCGUAUUAUUUUUAAAAUUCAUGAUGAAAUUGAUAAAAUAUCAAAAGAAAAGGAUAAAGCUAUUUUAGAGACAUUUAUGUCAAUAAUAAAACCACCAGCAAUGAAGAAAAAUGUCGAUAAUGAAGAACCUAAACUGUUAGAAAAACUUCCUAAAGUUGUUAAAAAGGAGAAACCAAAUUCUAUAGUUCAAAAUAAUCGUGGAAAAAUUUUUUGUAGAGUUAAUUGGUCACAAAGCAAGCAUUGGCUGUGCGUUAAAUUAAUAAUAGACGAUUACGAGGAUGGAGAGACAAAUGUUACCAUAAACGGUGAACUUUUAAAUAUAGAGAUUGUGUGUCAGAAUAGCAUUUAUAAAGAAGAGUUUGAAUUAUAUCGUGAAGUUAAAAAUGCCUAUUUUACCUGUUUAAAGCCUAGAUUUCUCUUACUAAGCGUUCAUAAAAAGCUUGGAUUGAAAUGGCCUCAGUUUCUAAGUAAGGGUAAACUGGAAUGGAUAAAAGGCGAUUUAUUUAGUAUAAUGGAUUCGGAUAAUGAAUACUGGUCUGACGAAGAUGAAAAUCCAAUUCUUAAGAAAUUACCAUCAAUUUGGAGAAUGAGCGAAAGUAUACCUAUGAAAAUAAUUAAGACUCAAAUGGAUGAUCUACCAGAUUAUUCUGAUACAUCUCAAUCGGACUUAAGCGAAAUUGAAAGUGUAAUAUUAGACUAG